AUGUCUCCCCUCAAAAUUACCGUGACCGGCGAAUCCGCCGUGUUUGCCUAUCCCGAACGAGGCGCACUCGCCUUUUCAGUGAGAGCCAAUGGCUCGCGUAAAGAAGAGGUCGCCAAGGAAGUCACUUCAAUUUCCAACGAGAUUCAGCAAUUCUUCAAACUGCUUUGUCCUCAAACCAAGGAAGCACAUGCCGCUGCCGAGCAUGCAGUGACCACGUUUGCGUCCACCAAUAUCAAAACAUGGUCCCAACCCGAGGACAGCGAAGGAAACCCAGCACCCAACCCGCACCAUGCCAGUAUCUCGUUCCGAUCGGUUUUUCGAGACUUUGCCAAACUAAGUGAGGUGAUCGGCAAGCUUUUGAAAUAUCCCAAGGUCGAGGUUGACUCAAUUGAUUGGCGCCUGACUGAUGAGACGGGAAGCGAACUGGCUUCCAAGGCUCGCAAAAUGGCAUUGCGGGAUGCGAUCAAGAAAGCCGAAGAUUACGCGGAAGUGCUCCAGCGGAAAGUCGUUGCAGUCGAAGUCACCGACUAUGCACAAGGCGGAUACAGAAACGUCGCGAUGGCCUCGAUGCGCAAGCCCAAAAAGUGUAAACGAUCAUUUGCGAGCGAUGACGACGAAGGAGAUGCACUGGAUCUGACGCCCCGAGAGAUUGAGGUUACUGGGUCUGUGAAUGUGAUUUUUGAGACCGUGUCGGACACCUGA